AUGCCACAACCGACUGCUACGUCAGUGCCGAUACCAAAAACCACAACGACUACUACAACGACCCCCGCGCCGGUUACAACAUCGGCACCGACUGCUACAACGCCGUUGAUCACAUCCAACUGUCGUAAUGGUGAAAUUUAUCCCUCAGGCACGGGUAGUUGUGACCAAUUCCUAAUGUGCUAUAACGGCAUAUUUGUGUUAAUGAUUUGCCCAGUCGGUCUGGCCUACAACUACCAAACGAAGAGCUGCGACUGGUCUGGAAAUGUGCCAGCUUGUGGUGCACCAGGCGAUACGGGCUACUGUGGCGACACUAACGCGUACUAUAAGCUUGAGGGUUACUGUGAUAUCUUCAUCGAAUGUGUUGAACGUCAAGAAUUUAGAAGAUCAUGUCCAGAUGGCUUACACUUCAAUCCGGAAGCGCCAUGGCCGCAGUAUCCUUGUGGAUACCCGAUGGACGUCCCAUGUGGCCCGAAGGAUGUUCAACAGACAGCUAGAUCAACGCGAGACUGCCCUCAUGAGUAUGGAUUCUUUGAAUCGCCUUUAGCGACUCGCGUUGACUGUGGACAUUAUAGGCAGUGCGUGGAUGGUGUUCCUAUAGAAAUGCUAUGCCCAUGGGGUCUUGCUUUCAAUCCCGAAAUAGGUCGUUGUGACUGGCCCGCUUUGGUACCUUCUUGUGACGCUGAAGCAUUCCUUGGCUAUUCCUGCCCGCCGGGAUCCGUCGACGAAUAUGGAUAUGAUAUUACUGAAAACUUUGGAAUUCCCGGAAAAUGCUACACGUUCAUUUCAUGUCACAGAGGUGGUGCUCGCUUGCUUACCUGCGACCUUGGCUUCAAAUUUGACGAAACUGUCAACCGUUGUGUUAACUCCGAUCUCGUAAGAAGUUCCACGCCUUGUGAAGAGCGUCCAAAAUAUUAA